GUCCACUCUACUACUCGGUCUUUGGUGUUGAUCGUCUUCUUCGUCUACCAUGAUCCACUUCCUAAAGUCUUCGUGGACUCGGUUGGUCCCCACCACCAUCCGCCUGCUCGACUCAUUUGUUGUUCAAAAUUAUCGCCAUUUCUCUCGCUUUGCAGGGGAUGAUGAUCUUCAACAUCCCGGGUCAUGGGAAUCGAUGGAGGGUCUCCACCUUUGCUCCGCCAAUUACGUGCCUUUGUCCCCCAUCAGCUUCCUGGAGAGAGCUGCAAAGGUUUACAGAGACAGGACAUCGCUUGUUUACGGUUCUCAGAAGUUCACAUGGAGUUUGACACAUCAACGCUGUCUCAAGCUUGCUUCUGCCCUGUCCCAGCUCGGGAUUUCCCGGGGUGAUGUGGUUUCAACACUGGCUCCUAAUGUUCCAGCAAUGUAUGAGCUGCAUUUUGCGGUUCCAAUGACCGGAGCCAUUCUUUGUACGCUUAAUACACGCCUUGACUCGGCCAUGGUCUCAGUCCUACUGGCCCAUUCAGAAGCCAAGGUCCUAUUCGUAGACCAUGGAUUACUUGAAGUUGCUCGUGGAGCAUUUGAUCUUCUUGCUAAAACAAACUCAAAGCCACCCAUCUUAAUAUUGAUUUCUGAUAGAGACUAUUCAUCUCCAACCUGCAUUGUUCCGGGAACUUACGAGUAUGAAAGCUUUUUAGAAACCGGGCAUGUUGGAUUUGAGAUAAGGAGACCAAGGAGUGAGUGGGAUCCUAUCAGUGUGAAUUAUACCUCCGGUACAACAUCUAGGCCCAAAGGAGUUGUCUAUAGUCACAGGGGAGCCUACCUCAACUCCCUUGCGACGGUUUUCCUUCACGGAAUGAGCUCGAUGCCAGUUUAUCUGUGGACUGUGCCUAUGUUUCACUGCAAUGGUUGGUGCUUGACUUGGGGUGUCGCAGCGCAGGGCGGCAGAAACAUAUGCCUGAGGAAUGUUUCCCCCAAGAAGAUAUUCGAGAACAUCGUCCUCCACAAUGUGACACACAUGGGAGGAGCUCCGACGGUCCUCAACAUGAUUGUGAAUUCAUCAGCCAGUGAUCAAAAGCCGAUUUCUCGGAAAGUCACAAUAUUCACCGGUGGAUCACCCCCACCCCCUCAGAUCUUUCUUAAGAUGGAAGAGUUGGGUUUCAGCGUAAAUCACUUGUAUGGCCUUACGGAAACUUAUGGUCCAGGUACAUACUGUGUAAUGAAACCGGAAUGGGAGUCCUUGCCUCCUCUGCAGCAAUCGAAGCUGAAAGCCCGGCAAGGAAUGCAGCAUAUUGGUUUGGAGGAGGUUGACAUAAUAGAUCCAGUCACCAUGGAAAGUGUACCAGCUGAUGGUAAAACCCUGGGCGAGGUUAUGUUCAGAGGAAACACUGUGAUGAGUGGAUACUUCAAAGACUUGCAGGCAACAGAUGAUGCAUUUAGAGGUGGAUGGUUUCGGAGUGGGGAUCUUGCUGUGAAACAUCCAUAUGGUUACAUAGAAAUAAAGGACCGGCUGAAAGAUAUCAUAAUUUCCGGGGGAGAGAAUAUAAGCACGGUAGAAGUCGAAACGGUUUUGUACGGUCAUCCAGAUGUUCUCGAGGCUGCUGUUGUUGCACGGCCUGAUAAUCACUGGGGGCAGACCCCUUGUGCAUUUGUGAAGCUAAAAGAAGGAUGUGAUGUGGAUGCUCAAGAACUCAUCAGGUUUUGCCGAGAUCACUUGCCACAUUAUAUGGCUCCCAAAACAGUCAUCUUUGAACAAUUGCCGAGGACCUCAACUGGAAAGAUACAGAAGUUUAUAUUGAGAGAAAAAGCAAAGGCCCUAGGCAGCCUCUCUUAAGCAACAAUGAUA